AUGGCAACCCUCACCCAUUCACUGCCUCCCCUGCCCUAUGCCUACGACGCUCUAGAACCUAUCAUCUCCAAGCAGAUCAUGCAACUGCAUCACCAGAAGCAUCACCAAACCUACAUCAAUAAUCUCAAUGCUGCCCUUUCUGCCCAAAUCACCGCCACCCAGUCCAACGACGUGGCUACUCUGAUCAGUCUUCAGCAGAAAAUCAAGUUCAAUGGCGGUGGACACAUCAACCAUUCGCUCUUCUGGAAGAAUCUAACUCCCCCGGGGAGUGCCGAGAAUGACCUGGUCAAGGCCGCUCCGUCCCUGCGAGAUGCCAUUGCUACCCGCUGGGGGUCCUACGAUGAGUUUGUCAAGGCUUUCAGUGCAGAGUUGCUGGGUCUGCAAGGUAGUGGAUGGGGUUGGCUGGUGAGUAAAGGUGGUGCACGGGGACGAUUGGAGAUUGUCGCCACCAAGGAUCAGGAUCCGGUGGCAGCGACGGAUGUCCCUGUGUUUGGAGUGGAUAUGUGGGAGCAUGCUUAUUAUCUCCAGUAUCUGAAUAAUAAGGUCGGCUAUGUGGAGGGCAUCUGGAAGAUUAUCAAUUGGACCGAAGCCGAGAAGCGAUACACGGCCGGCGUGGAGAACUGGCUCAAGUUGUAA